AUGUCGUCCUCUAAGUAUAUUCUUGCUGCCACAGCCAUUGCUGGUGGGGUCUACUACUAUGACCAAAACGUGCAGCCCAUUUUCCCCCGUCCCAACCAGAUCCACCAGGAAUUGGAACGGGUCGAACAUAAAGCUGCCGAGUCGGCUUCCAACUUACAACAGAAGUUGACAAGCAAGAUUGACAAGGGCAAGACAGACUUGUCGAAAAAGACACUGGAAUUGUCAGACACACUCAAAGACACGAAAUUGUACCCGGCUCCCCUGGCUACCGACACUAAGGAAGCGGCUUCAAUCGUCGACGACAUCAAGAAGACUGUGAGCUCUGGUGGCGACGUUGUGGCCGACUUGGCUGCUUCCGUCAAGGAGGAAAAAUCGAGAGUAACUCGGACUGUGCAUGGCUACAUUGACUUCAUCAAUUCUCUCGGCAAGUCUGAGAAAUCGGCUGUUGAGAAGCUUGCCACCGAAGCUGAGGCUACAGCCAAUUCAUGGUUCGACUGGUUCGGCAAGAGGGAAAAAGACGUAGAAAACGUUCUUACAUCCGCUCUGAAGGAAGCUGAGAAGACCACUAAUGAAUGGUUCUCCUGGGGCUCUAAGAAAUCAGACGAAAUCUCGUCUACCUACGAAGAUAGUAAGUCCAAGUUGAAUUCUCGUUUCAGCCAGGAAAAGAAAAGAGCAAUCGAUACGUUCGAGAAUGCAAGAGCCCAAUAUGAGCAGGCUAUCGAAAAGGCUAGUAAGGGAGUAGACCCAGCCUACCAGAAGGCAGCCCAGAAAGCUAAGGAAGACUUGAACAAGUCUGUAUCAGAGUUGAAGGCUUACGGUGAUGACGUGUACACCGAGUAUUCCAGCAAAAUCAAGGAUCUCUUUAGCAAGUAGACACUGAACAGUCUCAGCAAUGGUGGCAAUUGCCCCCACAGACUGAAUAAAUAUCUAAGUUUGUAUUAACACAGUAUGUAUUUAAUAUAUACAGAUUUUGU